AUGUUCCUGCCUGUCUCUGGUCAUGCUUUCAAGCCCUCACUGUCCAUUCAAGCUGAAGCCCCGUGGGGCCCUCUGUGGGAACCAGGGGACCGAGGCCCAUUGUCUGGGCCCGCUCCCGGCCCCAGUUGACAAUCCCCUCCCCAUACCCGUCCUCACACAGCCCCAGGUGGACCAGCUCAGCCCACUGGAGUUGAGCCAGUCCUGAGUGGGACCUCCUGGGGCAGUCCUGCGGCCGCUUCCCAUGCCCGUCCCUCCUCCACCUCCCCCAUCACCCCACCCCGCCCUGCCGCCUCCCUGGAAGUGGGGAGCUGCUGGCCAGACCGUGAACCAUGGGCAAGGAGCUGGGGACCACUAUCCAUGGAGAGCUUCCAAAUGACUGCAGAAUCUGACCCACCCUGCCUGGGUCUGGGAAUGAGCCUGGUGGGUUGGGAGUCCCCUCCCCUUCGUACUCCCACUGCGGGUUUCCCAACCCAGCAGGUCAGAAGGCUCGGCCCUGUCUACCCCACCCCUUUCCACCCCUCCCAGGACCAAUGCCUUCCAGACAGGACUGUUCCUGGCAGGGACCCCAGGCCUCCACUCCAGGCUGUCCUCCAUACUGCACCUAGAGCAACCGCACUCCUGCAUCUGACCGCACCCCCAGACCCUACCCCACCAAGCCAGCAUCUGUUCCGCCGGCCCUGCAAGCCUCCGGGUGGCCCCGCGUUGUGGGGAGAGAACGGGCCUGGGCCUGGAGGAGGGCCUGCUGGCCUGGCCGCCGCCUCCACCGCCCCCAGCCCAGCUCCUCGGCCUCCCGAGGGCGUGAGCCCCGGCUGGGCUGCGGGCGCCCCCGGGUGCAGCACGCCCGCCUCCGCAGUCGCGGGCGGACCCCAGCGCCCGCACCGGCGGGCGUCCCCGCCGCCCGCCCUCGCGGAGCACUGCCGAGACCUGCCCUGUGUCUGCCGCCGGGGGCGGGGCCUGCAGGCCGGGGGCGGGGCGCGUCUCACUCCCGGGCCCGCGACCCGCCGCGCAGUCUCCGCGCUCCGAGCCGCCGCCCCCACCCCCCCGCGCCCGGACUCCGACGCGUGGCCGGGGGCUCACAUCCGCCAGGCACUCCCGGAAAGAGGGGCCCCUCCUCCGCCCGCCGCCCGCGCGUGGGGGCCGGACCUGUGUCGGGAGAAUCAGCCUCCUCAGAAGGCUGGGACCUCACCACGGGCCCAGGGGCAGCCUGCGGGCACGUGAGGCUCCCACCAAAAUACCGGGCCUGGCCUCUCCCCUCCCUGACUGCUCUGGAAACCCAGCUGGUCAGAGCCACUGCCAGGGGCGGCUGCAAGGACGGGUGACAGGCCCUUGCUGAUCCAGCGUGGGCCAGACCGG